UACUGUUGGAUUAUUCAAGUGUACAAGCUUUGGGGGAUUAUCUCUAUACAAUAAAAAAAAUACGAGACUAAGCAAUAUGAUAACACCACACACUUGCCUUGCAAGAGGAGUUAUCAAACAUUCUAUAAGAGUGAUAUGGCCGGCAUAGCAGAUCAUUGGAAGGCUUUCAGUGGAUUCAACAACUGGGAUGGUCUUUUGGUUCAUCCCAUCAACACCGAUUUCCGCCGCUAUCUUAUUCACUACGGUGAAAGGGUUGGGGCUAUUGGUGAUGGCUUCAACAAUGUCAAGGCAUCAAAUUCAUUUGCACUUUCUCGUUAUCCACCAGAAGAACUCUUCUCCCAUGUGGGUCUGCAAAAUGGUAAUCCAUUCAAAUAUCAAGUGACGAAGUACUUUUACUUGAAACAGGAUGAUUUUGCUGAUUAUAUGGAGUUCGAUAUCAAGGAGUCUGCUUGGAUUGGAUAUGUGGCUGUGACUACAGAUGAAGGGAAUACGGUCUUAGGGAGAAGGGAUAUUUUGGUUUGCUGGAGAGGAACAAUCUUGGCGUCCGAAUGGGCGAAAAAUCUUCAAUUUGAUCUGGUAUCAGCUGCUGAAAUUCUUGGAGGUGCCCACAAUCCCAAGAUGCACCAUGGUUUUCACAGCGUAUAUUUGGCCAAAAGCUCAAGCUCCAAGUACAAUAAGACCAGUGCUAGAGAACAGGUUCUUGCCGAGGUCAGGAGACUUGUGGACAAGUAUGCUCACAACGGUGAGGAUGUGAGCAUAACUGUGGCAGGCCAUAGCUUAGGUGCAGCACUUGCAACAUUGAAUGCCAUGGACAUAGUUUCCAAUGGUUACAACAAGCCUGCUGGAUCAUAUACAGGAUUUCGUGUCACAGUCUUCGCUUAUGCGAGCCCCCGCCUUGGAGACAAAGGCUUCCAAGAUGUAUUCAAUGGCCUUGCUAAUCUUCAUGUCCUGCGCAUAAAAAACGAAAAUGAUAUUAUCCCUAGUCUUCCACCGGCUUUCUACAAUACAUACAAAGAUAUAGGUGAAGAGUUGGAAAUUGACAGCAGCAAGUCGCCAUACUUGAAGGAUCCAAAUGCUGAACCGCAUAAUUUGGACAUUUAUCUACAUGCAAUCGCAGGUUACCAAGGGAAACUUGGAGAAUUCAGGUUGGUUAUCGAUCGCGACAUUGCACUGGUAAACAAAUCUGCAGAUGUAUUGCCGGAAAAGUAUAAAGUCCCGCCUAAUUGGCGUACGGUGAUGAACAAGGGCAUGAUCCAAAUGGACAACGGAUUCUGGAAGUUGAAUGACUAUGUGCCGGAUCCUCCAAGUGAAGAUGAUAUUGAAGGGAAUAUUAUUACUGCAAUAUUCCUGAAAGACAAUAUGCCACCAGCAUGA